ACAAACUCUCUCCCAAUUAAAGCAACUUCUCUCUUUAAGCUACUGUUACACUUGUUCUCAAAGAAAAAAAAAACUGUUACACUUCUCUCUCACUUCUCCACCUCCCCCAACCCCAACUAACGGCUACUUUUCAUGCUUAUCCUCCCACGCUAGCCCAGAUUUGUGUUGACAGAAAGCCCAGAUGGAUUUCAGCUCCUUCUUGACGUCCUUAGCGACGUCGUUUAUCAUUUAUGUCAUUCUCAUGCUACUGUUUGCCUGGUUAUCCGGGAAACCCGGGAACAGCGUUGUUUACUACCCCAACCGGAUCUUGAAAGGAAUGGAUCCCGGGUCCAAGACCCGGAACCCGUUUACUUGGAUAAGUGAAGCGUUUGCAUCGACUGAGAAGGAUAUCUUGGAUUUGUCUGGUGUUGAUACUGCUGUCUACUUUGUCUUCAUAGCCACUGCAUUGGGCAUAUUAACCUUGGCUGGCCUUGUACUACUGCCUAUACUACUCCCAGUAGCUGCAACAGAUCACGGUAAAAACGACAAGACUACCAGCAAUGGGACCUUUAGCGACCUUGACAAAUUAUCAAUGGGAAACAUCAGAGAAAAAAGUCCUCGGCUAUGGGCAUUUGUUUUUGGCGUCUAUUGGGUUUCAUUUGUAACAUAUUAUCUAUUAUGGAAGGCAUACAAUCAUGUAUCUGAACUGAGGGCUGCAGCACUAAUGUCCCCUGAAGCUAAAGCUAAAGCUGAGCAGUUUGCUAUUCUAGUUAGAGACAUACCCACUCCUCCCGAAGGUCAAACCAUGAAGGAGCACGUUGAUUCAUACUUUAAAGCAAUUUAUCCCGACACAUUUUACAGAUCAAUGGUUGUUACAGACAACAAGAAGGUCAACAAGGUAUGGACGGAGUUGGAAGGGUACAGAAAGAAGCUUGCACAUGCUGAAGCUGUAUAUGCUGAGUCUAAAGAGAAAGGCAAUGUGGAAGGAGUGAGACCAAUGAACAGAACUGGUUUUCUUGGUCUCAUUGGUGCUAAGGUAGAUACAAUAGACUACUGUAAUGAAAAAAUCAAUGAACUAAUUCCCAAAUUAGAAGCUGAACAGAAAGUGACUCUUAAAGAAAAACAGCUAGCUUCAGCUCUUGUUUUCUUCAGCAGUAGGGAAACUGCAGCAUCUGCAGGUCAAAACCUACAUUCUCGUAUGGUUGACACCUGGACUGUUGUAAAUGCUCCUGAACCCCGUCAACUUAUAUGGACUAAUCUCCCAAAGAAGUUCUAUCAGAGGCAGAUGCGACAAUAUGUUGUUUAUAUGAUUGUCUUUCUGACUAUAGUUUUUUACAUGAUACCAAUUGGGUUAGUUUCUGCAUUUACAACUCUAGCAAACUUAAAGAAACUUCUCCCGUUUAUAAAGCCAGUGGUGAAUCAAGAUGCAAUUAGAACAGUGUUAGAAGCAUACCUUCCGCAGUUGGCACUUAUUAUAUUCCUGGCUCUGCUGCCAAAAUUCCUUCUAUUUUUAUCUAAGGCUGAGGGCAUUCCUUCAGAGAGCCAUGCUGUGAGGGCUGCCUCGGGGAAAUAUUUUUAUUUCUCCGUGUUGAAUGUAUUUAUUGGUGUUACACUGGGUGGAACCCUUUUCAGCACACUCAAAACCAUCCAGAAAAGUACAGAUAGUAUUAUUCCGUUACUAGCAAGCAGCCUUCCCGGAAAUGCAACGUUCUUCUUGACCUUUGUGGCUCUCAGGUUCUUUGUCGGCUACGGGCUUCAGCUUUCCAGAAUAGUUCCUUUCAUCAUAUAUCACUUAAAACGGAAGUAUGUAUGUAAAACUGAGGCUGAAUUGAAGGAAGCUUGGACUCCUGGAGACCUUAAUUAUGGAACUAGAUUUCCUGGUGAUAUGCUUAUUCUUACGAUCGUCUUCUGCUACAGUGUUAUUGCUCCUAUAAUUAUUCCAUUUGGGAUGAUAUACUUCGGCCUGGGAUGGUUGGUUCUCCGGAAUCAGGCAUUAAACGUCCUUGUUCCCUCGUAUGAAAGCAAUGGACAGAUGUGGCCUCACAUACAUACACGCAUUGUCGCUGCCUUGCUCCUAUUCCAAGUUACUAUGUUUGGUUACUUUGGAGUGAACAAGUUCUAUUACACGCCAAUUAUAAUACCACUCCCAAUCUGCUCCCUUAUCUUUGCAUUUGUUUGCUCAAAAAAGUUUUAUAGAUUUUUCCACGACACUGCACUGGAAGUCGCUAUGGAAGAACUGAAGGAAGUUCCGAACAUGGAAGUGGUAUUCAAAUCAUACAUUCCACCUUGUCUGGGUGGUGACAAGUCGAACUCGAAUGACGAGCAGCCUGAAGAUGCUACGUCUCAAGUUUCCAGGAUAGGUACCAAUGUUUGAUGAACAUAAUUUGAUGUUAGAGUUUGUGAUGGUUCAGCGCAGCACAUUUAGGAGUGUAUAGUGUCUGUAGCAUGGAAUUUAUACAUCUGUUCAUUAUUUUCAAAGACGACCAAUGAUGUAUUACUGUUUAAGUUUUAUAAUAUGCCUCUGUAUUUGUGUGCUAAAA